UCCCUUACUUUACUGGAGUACAAAAUACUCAAAUUCUUUCCUUCAUCACUUUAAAUACUCAUUCUGCUAUGUUGUACUCCAAAUUUUAGAGAGAGAAAUUAGAAGUAGACAACAAUGGAGAAAUGGCAGAGGAUUUGGAUUUCGUUAUCAUCAACGAUUACUGUUACAUUGAUUAUCACUUUCUUCAUUGUUACGCUAUUCUUCUGUGGUAGUCGUGUGAGAGUUUUUUAUACUAGCUUUGAUCUUGAUCAUAGCAGUUCUAAGCUUCGUCAGCUCUCUUUCCCUGUCGCUCAACUUCGGAGUUUGUCGAUAUUUUCUGAUUCUUCCGGUGUGAUUCUUUCUACGAACUCUUCAGCGCAUCGCAGCUUAUUUCCGAGGAAAAGAAAGGAAGGAGGGGUAGAGGAAGGAUUAGCGAGAGCUAGAGCAGCAAUUCAGAAAGCAAAAGGUUGGAAUAGAAGAAACGACUCUGUGUUUAUGAAUGCUUCAGAUCCCACCUUCAUCUACCGUAAGCCCCGCGCUUUUUAUCGAAGCUACCUAGAAAUGGAAAGAAGAUUGAGAGUAUAUGUGUAUAAUGAGGGUGAUCUACCAAUUGUACAUGACGGACCAUGUAAGGACAUCUACACAAUUGAAGGGAGGUUUAUCCACGAGAUUGAGAAUGGAGCAAUGCGAUUUAGAACAAGAGAUCCCAACCAAGCUCAUGUUUACUUCAUGCCUUUCAGUGUUACAUGGAUGGUCAAGUACCUUUACAAGCCUAUGUCCUACAAUCACACCCCUCUUAAGCAUUUUGUCUCGGAUUAUGUCAAUGUUAUAUCUACCAAAUAUCCCUACUGGAAUCUCACUCAAGGGGCUGAUCACUUUAUGCUGUCUUGUCAUGAUUGGGGACCUCAUGCCUCAAGUGGAAACUCAAACCUCUACAAGAAAUCCAUGAGAGUUCUAUGCAAUGCAAACUCCUCUGAGGGAUUCAACCCACAAAAGGAUAUAAGCUUACCUGAAAUCCACCUUUAUGACGGAAACAUAUCUCCAAAACUCCUCUCCAUACCACCACAAACAACCCCUCGUCCAUACUUAGCCUUCUUUGCUGGUGGUCUUCACGGCCCAAUUAGGCCCAUUCUCCUUAGCCACUGGAAAGGCAAAGAUCCAGACCUUCAAGUCUAUGAAUACCUACCAAAGGACUUAGAUUACUACACUUUGAUGCUUCAGUCCAAAUUCUGCCUUUGCCCUAGUGGUCAUGAAGUUGCUAGUCCAAGAAUAGUUGAAGCCAUUUAUGCAGAAUGUGUGCCUGUUAUUCUGUCUAAGAACUAUGUUUUGCCCUUCAGUGAUGUUUUAAGAUGGGAAGCGUUUUCGAUACAGGUUGAUGUUGAAGAUAUUCCAAAGCUAAAACAGAUUUUAAGAGCUGUUUCUGAGGAGCAUUACAAUAAGCUUAUUCAAGGAAUUAGAGCUGUUAGACAGCAUUUUGUUCUCAACAAACCUGCAAAAAGGUUUGAUGUUUUUCAUAUGAUUUUGCACUCCGUUUGGCUCAGAAGACUAAAUUUGCAACUCAAGUAGUUAUAUAGUAUAGGAUACUGUAAUUUUUUUUUUAUUUUUUGUUAAUAUCAUAUAUAUAGUUACAUUUAAUCAACAGGAAAUAUUAUACCAACUUACUAGUUCAAUACUCCAUUAAAAUCAUGUAAAAAUUGCAUUUUCUGUUCGUUUGUAGAGAGUUUAGAAGAGAGGGAAAUUCUGUUGUGAUUUUCUGUUCCAAAUAUUGUAAAUUCAGCAAUGACAGAGAAUUAAGAAAGUUAUAUACAAACUUAAAAACAGUUCGA